CGCCGUUUGUUGUAGACCAAACACUCACAAAGUUAAAGUUGCGAGGUUAAAUGACAAUCAUUGACUUAUGUCUACGAAAAAACAGAAUGUCAAAAAGGAAUCAAAACCGACCAAAACGAAAACGAAUCCAAGUAAAACGCGUGAAGAUCCGAAUUUGACAAAGAAAAAAGAAAAGGAGGAAAAAGUUAGUGUUAAUAAAGCUUCGUUUAGAGAUGGAGGAAAGUUGGGGAAAUCGAGUAUUUCGGGAGUUUCGUCUCCGAGGGUUUCUAAAAGCCAGUUUUUUCCAAAUAAAGGACAAAUGUAUAAAAAUGCUUUAAAGGUAAGUGAGGAUCAAGGAAAAUUUUCAAUUGCUGAAAAGUUAAAAGAUCGCGAGAGGAAUAAAACGAGGACUUUGAGUCCAAGUGAUGUUAAAGUGUUAAAACCAAAACAAGACGUUGCCUCAACCAGUAAUGUUAAAAGACCGGGAACAGCAACAAUUCGAAAACAUGAAAUUGAGGAAGACAACGUUCUAAAAAUCCAAAAAGAUCAAAAGUAUCAAAAAGAAGAAAAUUAUGAAAGCGAUUUUGAUUCUUACGAAUCAGAUUUCGAAGAAUAUUUAUCCUCCCUCAGUUCAACAACAUCGAUUUCUUCGGAUGACUCAAACGAGAAAGAAUCAAACUCAACAAAACCCUUCAUCAAAGAAAACAAUUUGGGUGAAGAAGAAAAAAAAUUAGAUUCAGGAAACUACGAAAUUUCCGAAACGAAGCAUAAACAAGUUUUAACCAACAUCAAAGAAUCAAAUGAAAUCGAAAAUAAUAAAAAUAACUUAAUAAAUAAACCAUUAACGAAGUUUAUAAACAACGCGAUUUUAAGUAAUCCAGCUUCUUUAUCAUCAUCUGAUGAAGGAUUCGAAGAAAUUAAAAACGAAAAAAUUCAUUUCGUAAAUUUUUUAGAAGCGAAACGAAAAAAUAGUCUGAUUAAAUCGGCGGAGUUAAAAAAACGUCGGGGUCAAGAUCUUUUAGGAAUGAUCCAUUUAGAUAUUCAAAAUUUUACUAUUUUCGAGUUACAACCGAUUCGUUACGAUGAUUUUAUGAAAUCGUUUGGAAAUCGAAAUUAUCUUCAAAUUUCCACACAAACUGGGGAUGAUAAUGUCGAUGAGGAGGUUUUAACGGAUUCGGUGGAAUUUCGAACAAUUUGGACUCAAAAUCCUAUUCAAUUAAAAAAGGAAAAUUUUGGGGAUUAUAAACUGUAUCAUCAAGAUUAUUUGGGAUUUGGAUUCGAUGAUAUUGAUGAAAAUAAAAGAAAAGAUAUUUCGAGUUUUAAUGAAAAUAAUUUGAAAGAGUUUCUUGGAAAUGCUUCGGAGGUUAUUUUAAAUUUGUUAGAGGAAAAAUCACAGUUAAAUAAUUGCAAGGAAAUUGAAAAUAACCAAUUGAGUUUGCCGUUUAGUGAUGGUCAUAUAACGUUUAACACCGAAUUGGAUUUUUUGAAAAAUACCGAUGUUAUUUUAGCUACGUUUUCGGAGAAUAUAACAAAAAUGUUAACUGUGCAUGUUUCGAUUGAAGAAGAACGUUCUUUGUUGUGUUUAUGGAAGAUAUCUCAACAAAAUCAACCCGAAAAAAUCUUUUCGAUAUAUGGGACGAUUAAUUCUUUAUCUAUGGAUGAUAAUUAUAUUUUUGCUGGUUUAAAUGAUGGAACAAUUUCUAUUUGGUCAUUAACCAACAACGCCGAUUUUUACAUUAAAGCCGAUUACAUAACACCAAUUUACAUAUCUGACAUUGAAAAAGCUCACCACUCGAAAAUAAUUGCGAUAAACCCGAUAGAAAUAGAAAACUCAGAAGGAUACAUAAAUAAACAAAUCUAUACAUUAGAUGAAGAUGGUUUAUUAAAAAUUUGGUCGAUGAUAAAAUUGAAUAAUUCAAAUUACACUUUAAGUUUACACAUAAACUCAACGAUCGAUUUUAAAGACUUGUAUAAGAACUUAAAUAAUUUACAAUGUACGGAUAUGUGUGUAAAUAAAUUAGAUCCAAAUCAAAUUUUUGUGUCAACGAAUUACGGAAACAUUCUACAUUUUAUAACGACUGGAAAGAAAACCCAUCCGAAAUUUUAUACCGACAAUAAUAACGAUAGAAUAGCAUCGAAUUGUUUAAUAAAUUGUCCGUUUUCGCCUUUAUACUUUUUAUGUGGUUAUCAAAACGGAAAUGUUAAACUUUACUCGAGAGAGACGGAGAAACCCCUUAUGACGAUGUCAAACAAAGACCAAGAGUCGUCCAUAGAUCUUAUACAAUGGUCGAUAAAUAAACCUUGCGUCUUUUAUACGAAAGAUAGCAAAAAUGUUGUUCAUAUUUGGGAUUUAACAAAAAGCGAUAUUUUUCCAAUAUGUUCGUUAAAGUUUAACGAUCGCAUUGAUUAUAUUAAAUUAUCCCCCAAUAUUUCACAAAACAAUACCAUAAAAAGGAGUUAUUUAGUUAUUAUUACUCGCAAUAAAUUUGUUGAUUUGUAUGUUUUAAAUAAAGAGCACGGCCAACAAAAUAAACAAGAUUAUGAUGAUAAUGUCCGUAAAUUUACGAAUUAUGUUAAUAGAUUGUAAAUUGUUGUUUUUUAAUAAACAUAAUGUUUAAA